GUCUUUGAAGAAGAGUCUUGCCUUUGCCACUGCAAGUCACGAGAUUCGUAACUUGUUGACAUCCAUUGUUGGUUUCAUACAGGACUGCAAUGAGGAUUUGCUUCAAGAUUUAGCUACAGCAACAAACCUGAAAGCCAUUCAUGAUUCCACACAGGACUUAGUAGGUAAGGAUUUGGAAAUGGGGUUGGAUGGAAAUGACAUUCAUCAUCAAUUCAUGACGCUGUUGCUUUCAUUAUCAUCCAGGUUUCUUGAAUGCCAUUCUGGACACAAGCAAGCUUGAAGAAGGCAAGAUGCAACUGGAAUAAGAAGAAUUCGAGGUAGCAGGAGUUCUAGAGGAUGUAGUCAAUUUAUUUCAUCCUAUGGCCAUGGAAAAAGGCGUCGAUCUGGUGCUAGAUCUUUCAGAUGUCUCGAUUCUCAAGUUUGGUCAUGUAAGAGGUGACAGGGGAAAGCUGAAACAGGUGCUAUGGAACUUGGUGAGCAAUGUUGUGAAGUACACUGACGAAGGGCAAAUCAUGGUCCGAGCCAGGGCUCAACAACCGAGUUUGGAGAACCGGAUCAUAGCUUCGCAUCCAAACGGUUGCUCCAAAUGGGUGUCGAAAUUGAUCAAGUGGAACCUUGGAGAAGAAGGUAAUAACACGGAAGAUGAUGUGAGUUCAGUGAAGCAGAUGAUUCCUAAUGGGAUGGAGUUUGGUUUUGAGGUUGAUGAUUCUGGUAAAGGAAUUCCUAAAGACAAGCAGAAAUCGAUCUUUGAAAGUUAUGUUCAAGUGAAAGAAACUUCUAAGGCGCAAGCUGGCACUGGCUUAGGACUUGGCAUCGUUCAAUCUUUGGUGCUACUAAUGGGAGGUGAAAUCAGAAUUCUCGAUAAGAAAGAUGAGAAGGGCACUUGCUUGAGGUUCAAUACCAUCCUUACUGUGUAUGAGACUACUAAUUAUCAUACUAAUAACAUAAGAGACAUAGAGACAUCAGGUGAUGAGAGCACAAAAGAAGGUAACCUGAGAAACAAGUACUAUUAUGACACAGGGCUUACCAUAAGAACUUCAGCUGCUGCUCCAGGCUUGGCCAAUUGUAACCCAAGUCCACGCUUGACCAUGUUCGUUCCCAGUCCCCGGAGUGACGAGUCCCAUGUAGUUCUCUUGAUUCAGAAUGAAGCACGACGAGCAGCUUCACAGAAGUUGAUGGAGAAGUUGGGGAUAAAGGUAUUAGUUGUGGAGCAGUGGAAAGACCUCCAACCUUUGCUCAGAAAAAUAAAGUCCAAGCAGAGCUAUUCUCCACUCAGUUCUUCAGGAAAAUCUGAGGUGGUCUCACGGAGUGUGAACUCCAGCAGUGGCAGAUCAAAGGAACUUCCUUUGAGCGCCAUGAAAGACUUGGACGAGAGACCGACUUCUUCUCACAAGGGAAAACCUGUCGGCAGAAUCGGGUCAGGAGGAUUUUUUAUGCUUGUUAUUGAUGUUAGUGCUGGACAGUUCGAUGAACUUCACAAGGUUGUCAAACUUCACAAGGUUGUCACAGAGUUUCAAAGAGGGAUUCACACUUCUAGCUUCAAGGUUGUUUGGAUUGACAAACCGAAUUCAAGAACUGUUGACAAGGACUUGACAGAUCCGAGCGAUGAGAUACUGCUGAAACCAUUUCAUGGUUCUUGUCUGAAUGAAGUGAUCAAAUAUCUGCCUAAGUUCGAAGGGACAACCAUGCUCUCAAAGCAUCUGACAAAAACAAGGCAACAACACCAACCAUGGGACUCUUUUGAGGACUGGAGGAGUUCAGCUUCUGCUGCAAGGCAUCAGAUGAUCAGCACACCUCGGGUUGCUGCUGAGCGCUCGAAGAUUGAGGAAGAACAUGAUGAUGAUGUGGUGAAACCCCUAAGGAGGGACAAGAAGCUGUCUUUGGAUGGACUGACAUUCUUGGUUGUAGAUGAUCAGGCAACUAUUCGUGUUAUAUCGAUGUCCAGUCUUUCAAAGCGAGGAGCCAAGUGUGAACAGUGUGAAAAUGGGCUGCAAGCAGUGGAGCGUUUUAGAGCUGGCAUGGAACAUCAAGCUAGGAGUGGAGCAACUACUCCAGUCCCUCCGUACGACUGUAUCAUCAUGGACUGCGAGGUGAAAGAUGAAUCAAUUUAUGAACUAGCUUAUUCUUUCACAUGAUAAUAACUAAUAGAUUGUAAUAAAAUUGUGUGUUCUCUGUUCCAUGUUAUUGAUCGAGUCACUACAGAUGGAUAAAAUGGAUGGAUGUGAAGCGACGAUAGCAAUAAGGGAGGAGGAGAGAC